AUGAUGUCGAAAUGGGCAAAUAUCGUUCUGAUGCUGGUGCUUUCCUUUGCACUCUUUGUAUCUGCCCAAGCCGAAGCUGAUGCAAACGGAAUAGCCUCAAAUCCAAGCUACCCUCGUGCACCAGUUCCAGCCGGUCCUCAACGCCCUGGUCCUAAAACCGUCACUCCACCUGGUGAGGCAAAGCCAUCGGGUCCUGGAAAACCACCUGGAACGCCUCCAAAGCCUUCGGCAUUUCCUGGAAAACCACCUGGCACGCCUCCAAAGCCUUCGGCAUUUCCUGGAAAACCAGGAAAGCCCUCGUUCCCAGGAGGCCCACCACCAGCGCAUACCUACCACAAUACCACUCUUACCACAUCCGCAAUAGGCUUCUCACUGAGUGCAACUGCGUCAGUCACCAGUGCCCCAGUCACUGGAACAGCUAGUCUCUGGGAGCAAUGUGGAGGAAAAUCAUACACAGGGCCUUCCGCCUGUAUCGUUGGAGCUUAUUGUUCGCACCAGGAUGAUUGGUAUGCUCAAUGUGUUACCAGUGCCCCUAUCCCAGGCUACCAGACUCUUUGGGGUCAAUGUGGUGGUGUUAACUACAAGGGUCUCAACAAAUGUCAACAAGGAUUUGAAUGUUCUACAUUCAAUGAGUACUAUGCUCAAUGUCUUUUGCCUACUGCUAGUGCAUAG